AUGGCAGACGCGCAAUAUUCAUUGGUGGUUUCCAUGCUUACGGCAGGAGGUCUUUUGGGCGCUUUAUCGGCGUCUUAUUUCAAUGAUCACUAUGGUCGAAGGCUGACGUUAUUCGGGACCAGCAUUUUGCUGGGACUGGGCUCGGCCAUUAUGACCUUGGCUGCGAGCGCCCAAGUGCUGAUGCUAGGACGAUUCAUUGCAGGCGUCGGCAGUGGUAUCGUAACGGUGGUGGUUCCGGCGUACAUUGCAGAGUGCGUUCCCAAAGCUAGCCGAGGGUUCUUUGGCAGUCUGAAUCAACUGGCAAUCGUCAUAGGCAUCUUGGUGUCCCAAGUCAUCGGCAUGCAGUGGUCCACGUUGGCUUCAUGGCGAUGGAUCCUAGGUAUGGGCGUGCUUCUGGCCGCCGCUCAGCUGAUCUUACUGCCUUUCUGCGUGGACUCUCCUCGUCAUCUUGCGUCGCAACCGGGCGGAUGGAGUCGUGCCAAGGCCUCCUUGUUGCGCCUACGAGGUCCGCCCAUAGAGAAAGUGGAGGAAGAAAUCAGCUUGUGGCGUCGCGAAUGGGCCGCCGAGACCGACAGCGAUCGAGACUCGGUUGAGGAGACCCCAGCAUCGUCGGCUUCUCAUCGUGUCGUGGAAGUAUCCCAUGUGCAGAAAGUGAAUAUUUGGAAGUUCUUGACCGGACCUCAGUAUCGUCGCCCAUUGUGUAUCUUGCUACUAUUGCAACUGGCUCAGCAGUUAUCCGGUAUCAAUGCCGUGAUUUUCUACUCGACUUCCAUCAUGUCAGCGGUGGUUCCUGAAUCUUCCAGUGUGAUUACCGUGUAUAUUUCCGUGGUCAACCUUGUGAUGACACUUGUCUCUGCGUACCUGAUGGAUCGUGCAGGUCGUCGCACUCUAUUCUUGUGGUCGACGGCCUUGAUGGCUUUCAUGUCCGGUUUAUUGGGCUGGAGUAUGCAACAUGGAUUCGAUCGAUUAUCGGCUGUGGCCAUCAUUGGGUUUGUGGCGGCUUUCGCCAUUGGCUUGGGUCCAAUUCCAUUCCUCAUGAUCCCUGAAAUUGUCGGUACUUCGGCGGCUUCCACUGCCGGUUCGAUUGCCCUCGCGAGCAACAUGAUCUCCAACUUCACUGUAGGUGCCGGAUUUUUGGGCCUUGCCAGCCUCAUUGGGCAAGGCCAGGUGUUUUAUCUGUUUGCAUCCAUGUUGGUCGUUUUGUGGUUAAUCGCGUUGCGCAUCCUGCCCGAGACAAAGGGUCGCAGUGCAGACGAAGUCGUUCAAUCAGGAUGGGCCAUUCACUCACCGGACUACCAGCUUUUAUCUCGUCACGAUGAACCCUAG